ACCAUAUAAGACACAGCUGAUGAUUCUAAUGUUAGAGAGCUCUUGCAACUGGUGUUUGAGCUGUGCAGGGUUCUCGCUCUCUGGGAGAUGAUUGAAUAAAAAGAAAUAUAACUGUUUUAACACACUAUGAGUCGGUUUUCUCUGUUUUGUCAUGGGGAAAAAAGGAUCGGGUUUAAUACUUCCCAGAAGUGAAGAGGCGGGAAUAAGGACCAAGUUACAUGUGAUCAGUGAACUGCCGUUUCCCUCUGCGGAAUCUUCCACAAUACAGAUCUUCAAAAUGACGUCACCCCUAAGACUGCGGAUAAUCCUGGGUGAAGAUGAUGCCAGGAAGUUGAUUCUUCCUGCAGGGACACCGGUGUCAAUUGAAGAUUUGUGGCACACAGUAAAGACAAGUUUUGGAUUGCAGCAAGAUAUUCGACUUCAAUAUCAAGAUGAGGACUUUGGAAAUGAGUUCAUGAAUAUGCCAGACAUCUCAAAAGUAAAGGACAAAGGCACCCUUAAGGUGAUAUUUUUGCAAAGCCCACAGGAAGAAGAUGCAAGAACUUCUCAAAGCCAAGCAACAGAGUCUGUAUCCAUCUCCUCUGGUGACACAGAUGAUACAGAGCCUAUUUCAUCUUCAGUUUCUUCACCAUCCUCAAGGCACUGGGUUUGGCCAAGUGUCUUCACUGUACCACAAUUUAGCUGUGAUGCUGAAUUUGAGCUUGAGAAGGCCAACACUGCCUGCGCCAAUGGGGGAACUCUAUUGAACCCUUCACCAAAACUGAAAUCCCAAAUUCUGGAACAACUGGCUGAAGAAAUAUACAAAUUCGAAGCCUACCCAACAGACAAUGAUCUGACUGAUGAUGCAGAAGCUCUUGCCUUGCCUUAGAGAGCAGGGGUCUUUCAAUGGCUGUUAUGGGUAGAAGAUUAGCCUAAAAUAUAAAAUGGCUAACCUCCGCACCAAACUGAGAGGAUUUGGAUGUACUAAGGUGACCAUAAACUCCAUCAAAAACAAGUCUGGUGACAACCGUCAGGCAGCCUUCAAUGUGAAGAAACCCAAAAGAGCUGAAGUUAACUAUUGUCCACAGCAUCCAAAAGGAGAGACAUCAGAAAGUCUGGAACAGGAGAGAGUUGCAAUUCUUUCUGAGUUGACUAAAAGAAAUAAUGACUCUGUUGUGAGUGCGAAAAUGGAGAAGACUUUCUCAUACAGAAGGCAAGAAGUUCUUCAGGGUCAGCCGAUGGUUGCAGACUUCAAAAGCAGAUGGCCAGCUCUGUUCACUGAG